UUCAGUCCAAAGUAGCCUACAAAUUCUUUGAUGGGGGUGGUGAGGGACCUAGAUAAUGGAUAGGGGGCGCUGACCCAAAAAAGGUUGAGAAACACACCUUCAGCAUGUUGUUCCUGUGUCCCAUGGUUCCCUCCCUAAUGGGCAUUACUGGAGAGUCUCUAUGGGGAGGUGUUGCUAUAAUAGUAGCCUGAUUGUGUUUUCAAUGAACAGUGUUCUGAAUAGAAAACAAUUAAUCACGAGGCAGCUCAGUCAAAGACGAAACUAAGAGUGGCUAACCAAAUCUAUGUAGUAUAGCCAAGAACCAACAGUGUUACCACGGAAACGGAGAAUAGAGUUGAUCAGCCAAGAGGAACAAGUCGAGUCUUUCUUGUUUUUAAAUGCUGUCCACAACCCAGCAAGAUUUCCUAUUCCCGGAGCAGCGAUGGACAGGGUCAGCUUGCUGUGGCGUCUGAGGCGUCGCGCUCGCCGUGGAGCCAUCUGCAUGACCUUCUUCUGCAUCUCCAUGGCUCUUCUUUAUGCCCUGUGUGCUGAAAACAGUGUGCCUGUCACAGACGCCAUCUUUGGAGUGAGGGCACGUACCAGGGCUCAGCCUCGUACACACUCAGUCGUCAAGGUGCUGCGAGGCGGAGCAAAAUCAAUCUACGCAGACCCUCAGAAGCACCCGGGUAUAAUUGCAGGUGACCCUCAUCGCCCAAUCCCUGUCUUGUCUUCAUCCAACCACACCAACGAGGACUGGGAGUCUCCUCCGAAACGAGCAGCAAAAAUGAAAGAGUCCUCAGGUUUUUUCUCUCACCUGCUGCCAGGCCCUUUCACACGGGCACUGGAGACUCUAUUUGUAGGCCGCCGUAAAGGAGAGCUAAGCGGCAAAUCGGGCGACUCUGAAUUCUUUGGUUCUAAAGGGAUUUUAGGGGAUGUGUGGAAUGACGAGAUGUCCAGCAGCAUGCUGGGAAACAGGCUGAAGAAGGUGGUGCAGAACUAUCAGGCGAUGAAUAAAUACGGCGUAAAGGUGUCCGGACCUGGUGGCACCUCCAACCGGCCAAAACUAAGCGGCAGGGAGCUGCUCUGCCAGCUCAAGGAGAAGGUAGAGGUCACCACUUUGACUUCUGAUCAUCAGCCUUUCCCUGCAUUGGCCUGGGCUCCCCUGCUGCUACCCUCACAACAGCUGACCUCUGACCUCGGGCCAUACAAAAGCUGUGCAGUGGUGUCGUCUGCAGGGUCGCUUCGUAACUCCGGACUAGGCAAGGAGAUUGACACUCAUGACGCGGUACUACGGUUCAACGCCGCUCCCACCAGCGGCUUUGAGAAUGAUGUUGGCUCCAAAACAACUGUCCGUCUCAUUAACUCACAGGUGAUGGCAUCUGAUGACCAUCGCUUCCUGUCCAGUUCUCUGUACAGCUCAGGUGUUCUGGUGGCCUGGGACCCUGCCCCUUUUUCUUCCAACCUCAGUCAGUGGUACAACCACACAGAUUAUCCCAUCUUCAAUCAGUAUCAGAGAUAUAGGAGGCUUCACCCGCAGCAGCCCUUCUACAUCCUGCAUCCUCGCUUUGAGUGGCAGCUGUGGCAGCGGAUUCAGGACAACAUGGCUGAACCUAUACAGAAGAACCCACCCUCCUCUGGUCUGCUUGGCACCAUCCUGAUGAUGUCACUGUGUGAGGUGGUGCACGUCUACGAGUUUCUGCCGUCUCGCCGGAAGACGCCACUCUGUCACUACUAUCAGCGUUUCUAUGAUGCCGCCUGCACAUUCGGGGCUUACCACCCACUGCUGUACGAGAAGAACCUGGUCAAGCGCAUGAACCAGGGCUCCAAUCGGGACAUCUACAACCACGGGCGCGUCACGCUGCCUGGGUUCAGUGCCAUGAAUUGCACAGCAGAAGCGGUGCAGGAGCACUGAGUGAAACGUGCAUGACAAGUGAGGAUGGACGCAUGUCAACCUCAUAUUUGCUGCUUUUCUUUAUGUUGAUAUUAAAUGACGAUCACACAGAAAACACUGGUGUAAGAUGAUAAAAUCUAGCACUAGCAUUUAUAUGUAAGUAAUCUGUUCCAAACUAAGAAUCAAAACCUAAACCUCUGCACAUUCCUUACUGCUGUUUUACAAAAUUUGAGAAUCCUUUAUAGUACUAAGAAACAUUAGCUAAACAUAUAGAGAUAUCAAAUUAUUUUAAAAAGUACCUGCAAAUUCUUUCACUCUAAAAUCAGGAUUUUUGUCUGUAAAGAAAUUGGACACUGUGUCCUAAAAACUAAAAUGAUAUACCAUGUAAUAAGUCCAUUUUUAUGGAGAACAUAAAACCUACCUCCAAAGCAAAGGGUCGUGAAUAACAAAAAUCAAACUUGAUCCUCUAAGCUCAACCUGAUUUAGUUUCUACUUUUUAAAUGGUAACUACAUUUGGUCCAGUUUUUGACUAACCUGGGUUAAAACAUUCUCAGAAAUUAGCAAGUUAGUCUUCACUUGACUAAUUGUCGUUUUAAGCCAGAUGUUCGUUUCCUGUAACUACCUGACCCUCUUUUCUUUGAAGUUGCUUAUUUUCCACAAGCAUGAACCUUAAUGGAAAAUAGAUCAAUUUAGGAUAAAAUUGAAAUAUGACUUGUCUCCUAAACAAAAUGCUACACACAAAUAUAAACUUCCAAGUUCUGUUCAUACCUAUAAAAUUAUAUUAGUUUUAUCUGACCUUUCCGAUUUCUUCUGUGUCAGCUGCUUUUGUUUAAAACAAAAGGACUAAUUUUUGUUUUUCGGUUAAUUUGAGCAUUUCUGAAGUUAAAAAAGGCAAAGUGUCAACUGUAACGUAAAAGCAAACUCAGCCAGAACCCAAAACGCAGCCAAGACAAGAUGAUGAGUCACCAAAAGUUUAUUUACAAAAAUAAUGGUGUAGAAGCGUGUGGUCACAACGGUGGGUCAGGGAUGGGGGAUCCACAGGGGUCAGGCGUCCAGCCGGGGAGCUCAGAGGACAACCAGAAGACAGGGACAAAAUCCACCAUCCAGAAGCUGAGUCGAGAAACGGUCCAGGGUCAUGCAUGGGAGGUUCUUACGCAAUGAAAAUCCUGUAACCAGAAGGCAGGAGGCAGGGUCAGAGGCAGGCAGGGUUCAGCAACAAGACUUCCAACAGCAAAAGGAUUAGGCAAAGAUCUGUGGUCAAAAACAGGCAGGAUCAGAAAAUCAGAAAACUCUGUGGAACAUGAGACAAAGCUUGAAAGCUGUGACAGCGGCAACAGAUGAUCUCACACUGAGCUGGUGAAGAGCAGCUGUUUAAAUAGGGACCAGCUCAGUGCAGGUGAGGGCAAAGAGCAAUCAGCCCAAUCAAGGACUGAAAUCAUGACAGUCAACAUCUGACUGGGUGCCAUCACUCGGCUCAGUUUACAGCUAAUUUUACACAUGUACAUGUAACUUUCUUGAGCUUUAUUAUUGUUUCAUUGCUCAUUUAUCUCUUGGGCAUUAUUGUUUGGGGAGUUUAACUGCCCUUCUUGCCAAGGCUCAGGGAGUCCCACUGUCCAAGUGACGGAAUAAAAAUGUAGAAUGUGGCCUGUUAACUGACUGCAAAUAAAAGUUCAUUAUCUCUGAAAAACACUGAAAAAUUCUAUUGCCCUCAGAAUAGAAGUUAGUGUUGCUUUGAUUUAUUUAUUUAUUUUUUCCAUGCAUGUUUGAGAAAUCAUUGAAUCUCCCUUGGCAACUAUUCAGCUGUGCAAAAUGGUUGGGUGGGCUGAGGAAGAGGUUCCUCUUCAGAGCUGCAAUUUUCCAGCUCCCAUCUCAGAGAAGCCCUCCCCUUUGACUCCUACAUUCAGCUCCUUCAGACCAGCCAGCAGCAACUUUAAAGCACUUAGUGGAACUUCACAUCAGCUGAGCUCAUUAUACAAACUACUUCUUAGUGCAAUGCCUGUAAAAAUGCUGUUAAAGGCUUGAUAGAGAAGAAGGGUUCCUUCUUCCUGAAGCCGGCGUGUCACAGCAGGAGUUUGGAGAGAGAGAGAGAGGCCCAAUUUCAAGGCGUUAAAUUACAAAGUCAAAUUAAUUUUAAAUUAUAUUUGAUACAUAUAACAUUGUUAUAAUGAAUGAACUAAAGUCAAUAAUUACUCAAAUGUGCUACAAAAUAACCAUGUGUGGCUAGGAAACACAAUACUGCCUCUUUAAGAGCAUGUAGAAAAAUUGCCAAUUGCCGUUUUGCAGAUAUAUUCAGCAACGUAAAUCCGAAUAACCAAUGUAAAGCAGAAUAACCGAUGUAAAUUACACAUUUUUAGGGGAUGUGGUGAAUCAUUGUUCAAUUGGAAAAGGUAAAAAUAACUUAGUAUUAAAAAUACUUCAUUUAAAAAAAAAAAAAAGGUAAACAACUGAAACUAAUUUAACAAAAGCUAAGUUUGAGUCUAGUUGGAUUCUUAAUGGUUUUGUUUUUAAAGCAGUUUUAAGUAUUGUUGGCAUACAAUCUCCAAAAAAUCCAUUUGAAAAAUACCUAUGGAACUCAGCAAGAUGCUUCUGUUUUUCGAAUCCCAGACUGUCAAUGGUACGAUCUGUCAAUGGUACGAUUUGGAGGGGAUACCAUAGCAUUUAUAUUGGACAGUGAGACAAUUAUGUUUUGCAUUAAAAAACUAACUUCAGACUUUCAACCAGCAUUAUCGACUUGGUGCACAACUCAGAUGAGUGUGUGUUCCUGCCCAGCUAAGAGGACUAAACCAGGAGGAAGUGCAGAGCAUACACAUGUCUGCUUUCUGAAGUAAAUCCACAGUAUUCACACUGCUCUAUCCAGUGCUACCAUCUAAUGAUUGGUAAAAGACCAAACUUAAGUUAUACUAAAAUAGCAUCUUUAUCUGCGUCAUGGUAGCAUCCAGAACAUAUAGCAGCUAUACCCAAAAAUAACUUACUACGCAAAUCUCUUGUGGCAUCCAUCUCUUUGUUUCUUGGGAUACAUUUGUUGUCUAAACAUGGAGUAUGAGAUUGUGAGUCUGGUUAGGAAGAAAGACUUCAGCACCAUGCAUGUUUAUAAGCAUUUAAAAUGUACCAGUUUUACAGUCCUGUAACAAACUGCUUGCCCUUAUUCUUUUUAAGUAUUCUUGCACCCUAUGGAGCUAGAAGAACAGGGAGGAAAGUGUCUGAUUCUUGGCUAUGCAAAGAAAAAGGGAGUUUAAGUUUCAAAAAGGGUUGUUUUACAGAAAAUGCCUGAAUUUCAUUUAUGAAUGAUUCUUUUAGGCCUUAGUGUAUACAAGGUGUAUUACAUUGAUGGUAUAAAAAAAUUAAGUUAAAAGCCAAACGAUGGCACACAAGAUUUUGUUUAAUGCCGAAUAGAAUUUUGGAUGUUUGCAGAUGUACAGGCUUCCUGCUUACUUUCUUUAAGCUUACUACAACCAUAGUAAGUUUAGCUUUUCAUAAAAAUUGGAUUAGUAUUUUAUACAUUCUUUAAGAUCAUUUUAGCCAGUAAGCCAGCACUGAUUGGCGCAACAAAUUGUGUCCUUAAGGUCACAAUUUCCUAAUUUGUAAGCUUAUUAGACCGCCUAGAGAUGAAGCUGCAAUGAAGAUAAAUGUGUGUAAAUGUGAAAGUUUCCACUCCUGUAGUGAUAGAACAGUGAAGUGUCACAUUUGCAGCACAGGAACUAAGGUCUAAAAACGUCUGACCCUUAACUUCAGACCAGUUUAGACUGGUCGCAUUAUAUUCUUACCUUUCUGUCUCUGAGAGGCAUUCCUAAGUAUUUAGCAAAUCUGCUGUUUACAUUUUUUUGUGCAUGUGUGAGCAUUCAUAGCAUACCUCUGCUUUAGUUUGUAGAAAUCACAAUAACUAUUGCAGCUUUUCGCUGGGAACUAAAAUUUCUGUUAACCUGGCUAUGUUUUACUGUGAACAGCCACCCAGUUGUACUUUCACCUUCUGUGCAUGUGGAAUGUGUAAAACGUUUCUCGGAGGUUGUUUUUUUUACAAGGAAAAGCAUGUUACAGCAUGGCAGCUUAUGCAGCUCUUUUUUUUUUUUCUUGUUGCCAUGAAAACUGACAGUAAGAACCUGCACAGAGCUCCUUGAACUUUAAACAGCAUGUCUACUUAACUGGACUGCAAAGUGAGGCUCAAACUCAAGGCAAACACACAAUUGUUCUGAGAAAGUAGCCAUUUUCUUCUGGCUACUUUUUAGGAUAUUUUUAUCCUAAAAAUACAUCUUUACACAUCUCACAUCAAAAGUCAUUUUGUAUUUCAGUUUUACACUGAAAUACAAAAUGACUGAGUUUCUCACUGGAGUCCUUGAAACCCACCCCCCAAUACUUUCACCAGUAUCUGACUGGUAAAUUUUUUGAAGCGUCUCAUAGUGUGCACCACUGAUGAUUCUUUUGUUACUUAGUAGAAACAAGAUGGUGGGUCGACCACCAUAUUGUGAAUGGAAACCAAUAAAAGUAUGGCUGGAAAUGGUCUUCCUUUAAUAAAGAGUCCAUCAUUAUUGGACUAAGGAGAUUAAAAGUAGUAGUGGUAAAGAUAUGUUAAGUCUGGCUGAUAUUUCAUUUCUUUCCUGUAUAAUAUUAAACAGAUUAACUUUGUGCUACUAAUUCACAGUAUCAUAGCAGACCACGCAGCUGGCCCUAACCUUAUUUAGAACUUUUCAUGCUGUUGUGCAAACAUGAACAUAGGACCCCCAUUGCUGAUGUACCAUCUUUUAUAUUCAGACCCUGUAGCACAGUGGUUCCUGACAGGUUAGGUUAAGAACAUUUCAUUUAAUACUAUAUCUGUUAAAAUGAAAAAAUAAGUUAAAUUAGACAGAAAUUAUAUUUAUCAUUGAUCACAUUUGCACUGUGGUUCCUUUGUUUAUUUUACCUACUUAAUGUUGAUUGAAUCAACAGUCUGGGUCUCUUCCUUAAAAUUCGGGUAUCACCAGUGUAGCAUGUAUAAAUUUAAUAAAUAACUUUAAUUAAAUGUUUGGUCUAUAAAUGGUUUCCAAAUGCAAAAGAAUAGCAUGCAAUUAGAGUGCAUACCGUUAACCUCAGAAGUUUAUAACUGGACCUGGGAAUUAUAAUUGUCUUCUUCAGUUACAAAUGAAAGACCUGGGAGAUUUUGCUAAGAAUUAUACAAUACAUUUUCUUGUGUUUUUCCCAUUUAACCUAUGUAGAAACAUGUUUAUCUGUAGAUCAUCAAAAGUGCAAAUACUACUAUGUUGAAUAUAAGCAGUCAACUUCGCUGGUGAUUAACCUUCAACUGUCCAAGUUAGUAGUAUGACUUUACAGAGCGCUCAAGUUGAUCUUUUUUCUGUAUUUAUAACUUGGAAUUUGGAAAUACCAACCUUUGAGUCCAACUGGAAUGCACUAUUAAUUGUAGCAGAAGCUGCCUCCCCAGUGAACUCUGCCUAGCCAUGUAGCUGCUACUGCAGUCUGAUUGACAUGCUGCAUUGUUGUUGGUUUAUAAAACUACUGAUUUCUGCAACAAAAUGUUACGUUUAAAAAAAACUAUGUAGUUUUUUUCAUGAACUAUCAGCUAAGAGAAUGCUGGCUUAAAUUUUUGUGUUAUUUUUGUUUUUACCCAAUACAUAGAUCUUUUUGUUGGUAAAAUUAAAAACAUUUCCUAUGCAGUUGCACUAAUGUCUUUAGUUAACAUGUGUCAGAAGAUUUUGUUGUUUCAACUAACCGAUGUACAUUCAUUUCUACUCUGACUUUAUACUUUGAGAUUCUGAGAGGCUUGGUUGGACAUAUUUAAGUGUUUUUUAUGUGUUUUUCCUCUUCUGUGUCCUCUUGCUACCAAGUUGCAAAGUAAAAUAUAAAAUACAAUUGAUUUAUGUUUAGCAUUGAAGAACAUUGUCACAAACAUUUUUUAACCUCAUUUUGCUGUUUUUGAUGACAGAUCUGCAAAAAGUAGUUUCCGGCACCUGAUUCUGUUCUUUUUUUUUUUUCUGAAGUGUAAAUAUAGACUGCUUGAAAUCAAA